GGCAGCUCCGCCCGAUUGCAUUAGGAUCGCGACACGACGUCAAACUGGGUCCCCGUUAUCGGAUUGAUUGCACGUGGUCGGCGCAAGCCCUUGUUGGAUUGGCAUGGACGUGGGACUCCGGCUGGGGACCCUCAGUCAAAGUGUCACGGAGUCAGUCACAGCCUCUCCCGCCACUCGCCCACUGCCCAAUGCCACCUUGAUGGACCAUGGAUGGCUGGAUGGAUUGAUGGAUGGUCGUGACGUUGUGCGUGUGGCCAGGGGCGGCCAGGGUCCCACGCUCUCGUGUCCACCGCGACUCCACGCAAAAUCAAAGUGCUCGCACGCACAGAGCUUGGCUCCCGCCUACAUACCGCAUACCGCCCGCUGCUGCGAACAAGACGAGUUGCUGCGCCCGAGUUUUGGAGAUAGCGGGCGAGGUAUGAUAAGUCAGUCAUGCAGGGACAACACCCAUGUCCGCUGGACAACCCAAUGCACAGGUACCCGGAUGUCUGGUCUCACAGCUAUCUUCCCAGAGGUCGCACAGGCGAUAGGACAAGGUGCACCUUUUGAAACACCGAGAUAGGCACGCAACUAAAAGACUCCGCGUCGUCAGGAGGUCGCCUCCCCCAAUAUUCACGACAGGGGGCUGUUACGU